UUAUAAAUUAAGUAGCUAGCAUUUGAAGUUUAGGACCUGAAAAACCAAAGUGGAAUACUGAAACAAAUAUUAAAAUGACAAGUGCAACUCAAGAAACGAAAUUCAUGGAGUUCAAGCAAGAAGAAGAAAUAAUCGUGGAGCCUGUUAGUCCAACAGGGCAAUAUUUUAAUAGCUCAGUGCUAUCAAUAUGUGUUCUUGGUGUUUUGGAAUCUGAAAUUCCAAUUGAUGACUCUCCUACCAUGACUUUACUUCAAGAUGUUUUCCUCCCCAUCAAUCCUCGCUUCUCCUCCAUCAUGGUUACUGAUAAAAAUGGUGGAAAACAAUGGAAAAGAGUUGCUGUCAAGCUGAAGAACCAUGUCAAUGUCCCUAAUUUCCCAACUGGAUUAUCACCAAAAUCUUAUGACAAAUACUUCAAUGAUUAUAUAUCAAGAGUAGCUUUGGAACCUCUUCCUCAAAACCAACCCUUAUGGGAAAUCCACGUCAUAAAAUACCCAACAAGCAAUGCAGCUGGAAAUCUCAUUUUCAAGCUUCACCAUGCACUUGGAGAUGGAUUUUCUCUAAUGGGUGCUCUUCUUUCCUGUCUACAAAGGGUAGACAACCCUUCUCUUCCGCUGACAUUUCCUUCACUUCAACUUCCUUCAAAACCUGAAAUUAUGAGCAAGAGUAAGAAGGGGAUUGUUGCCAAAUCUCUUGUUAGCUCGAUCUUUAAUACCAUGUCUGAUUUUGGGUGGAGCCUUCUUAAGAGCAGUUUAGUUGAAGAUGUUCAAUCCCCAAUACGAUCUGGCGAAGAUGGGGUAGAGUUUAAGCCAACUACCUUGUCAACAAUGACAUUCUCUCUUGAUCGUAUCAAACAGAUUAAGUCCAGGCUUGGAGUAACGAUAAAUGAUGUGAUUACUGGGAUAAUCUUCUAUGGAAUUCGAUUAUAUAUGCAAGCAGUUGGUGAUGAAGCAGCAAAUUCACAUUCUACAGCAUUAGUGUUACUGAACACUAGGAUCGUUGGUGGGUACAAAUCAGUAAAAGAAAUGGUGAAGCCUAAUGCCGAGUCGCCAUGGGGAAACCAGUUUGGAUUCUUGCAUGUGUCAAUGCCUGAGUUAACCAAGGCUGCAGUUUCUAAUCCACUUCAGUUUGUUGAGAAAGCACAGCAAAUAAUCAAGAAGAAAAGAAGCUCUCUUGCUGUUAAUCUCACUGGCAGACUCCUUGAAGCUCUAAGGAAACUUAGAGGCCCAGAGGUGACAGCCAAGUAUAUCCACAGCACACUCAAGAAUUCAAGCAUGACAAUAUCCAAUGUAAUUGGACCAGUUGAAAAGAUGGCUUUGGCUAAUCAUCCAAUUAAAGGCUUAUACUUUAUGGUCGUUGGUGUACCUCAGAGUCUUACCAUAACAAUGGUGAGUUAUACAGGACAGCUUAGAAUAGCUGUGGGAACAGAGAAGGAUUUCAUAGAUCCUCAAAAGUUCCGGUCAUGCAUAGAGAAUUCCUUUGAGAUGAUAUACGAAUACUCUUGUGGAAAACCUUCAAGAACAAAUUAAAAUCAGAGGCCGCAGAAAAACAUGCAUUUGCCUUAUGAAUCUUCUUUUGCUUCCUUCAUCAGUGAGAAAGCCAUCUCUUCAUAACAUGUUUGUUAAAAACAAAAGAAGAUUCGUAAGGCAUAAGAAUAUAUAUGAUAUAGUCAUAAUUUAAUUCCAUAAGGAAUUUUUAUUCUUUGGAUAUAUUUAUAUAUGUCAUGGAUUGCAAUAAAUUCAAAAUGGUGUUUGCCUUA